AGCCGCUUUCACCACCCGUAGCCAUUUUGGCCUAAGUGAUUUGACGUCCGCCGUCCGCUGGCGCACUCGGAGAGCCUCCAGCUUGUUGAGCGCCUGCACCGCUCAGGCCGCAGGCAGGAUCUAGCCCGAUGGGGGCACGCCGCGCGGCGCUGCGGCGCCAGCUGACGGCGAGCCGGCGCUCGGGCGACCUGCGGGCGCUGCUGGGCCAGUUCCGCGCCAAGUCCGCCCUGGCGUCCACGCAGCGGGGGCCGCAGGGCCUCGGCAGAGCCCCGGCCACGCAGGCGCCAGACCUGGUGGCCUCCUGGAAGAAGUCGGACCUGGGACCCGGGUCACCAGAAGUUUGCCCCCGCUUACCAGCGCCGGCUGCCCCACGACGGCGCCACGGCGGCGGCAUACGUGGCCUACGCCUUCAGCGAGCAGGCCUUCAUCUACCCGAUCACGCCUGCCACGCCCAUGGGCGACGCCUUCGCGGCCUGGGAGGCGAAAGGCAAGAAGAACCUCUUCGGGGAGCCCUGCCAGGUCACCCAGAUGCAGAGCGAGGGUGGGGCAGCUGGCGCCCUUCACGGAGAGUGGUGGACGUGGGGACGCUCGCGACCACCUUCACCUCGUCGCAGGGCCUGCUGCUCAUGAUCCCCAACAUGUACAUCCUCGCCGGCGCGCUCAACCCGUGCGUCAUCCACGUGGCCGCGCGCGCGCUCACGAAGCACGCGCUGUGCAUCUUCGGUGACCACACGGACGUGAUGGCGGUGCGGCAGACGGGGUUCGCCAUCCUGAGCGCCCACAACGUGCAGGAGGUCAUGGACAUGUCCCUGGCGGCGCACGUGGCCACCCUGAAGUCUUCGGUGCCCUUCGUCUGCUUUCAGGAUGAUGGCUUCCGCACUUCUCACGAGAUCAACAAGCCAGAGGUGAUACCGUACGAGGCGAUGGCCCAGCUCGUGCCCUGGGAGGACAUCCACAAGUACCGCCGGAGGGGCCUGCACCCGAACAGGCCGCACGCGCGCCAGCAGGGCCAGUUCAGCGACACGUUCUUCCAGAACGCCGAGGCUUCCAAUCUGUACUACGACGCUGUGCCCGGCAUCGUACAGAGCACCCUGGACGACAUCGGCGCCAUCACGGGGCGCUACUACAAGAUCUUCGACUACAAGGGCCACCCAGAGGCUGAGCACGUCAUCGUUUCCAUGGGAAGCUCGUGCAACGUCAUCAACGAGGUGGUCAAGGUCGAGCAGGAGAAAGGCGUGAAGGUCGGCCAGGUGAACGUGCACCUCUUCCGCCCGUGGGACAGCACGUCCUUCAUCAACUCCCUGCCGCCCACGGUGAAGACCGUGACGGUGCUGGACCGCACCAAGGAGAGCGGCUCCCGCGAGCCGCUGUUCCUGGACGUGGCGUCGACGAUGCAGACGGCGCAGGUGCCGGUGACCGUGCUCGGAGGCCGCUACGGCCUGGGCCAGAAGGACCUGACGCCCGGGAUGGUGCUCGCCGUGUUCGAGAACUCGCGGAAGGAGAUGCCGAAGGACGGGUUCACCAUCGGCAUCGACGACGACGUGACCCACACGUCGCUGAAGCCCCAGCAGGAGCCGGUGUUGUGCCCGCCGGGGACCAAGCAGUGCCUCUUCUGGGGCAUGGGUAGCGACGGCACCCUCAGCGCCAACAAGAACGCCAUCAAGCUCAUCGGCACCCAGACCGAUCAGCACGUGCAGGCGCACUUCGUCUACGACAGCAAGAAGGCGGGCGGCUGCACCGUCUCGCACUUGCGCUUCGGCCCGGAGCGCAUCGAGUCGUCGUACAACAUCAUGUCUGCGGACUUCAUCUCCUGCUCCCAAAGCACCUGGGUACCCAAAUUCAAAGACCAGCUCUGGGCCACCAUCGCCCCGGGCGGCACUUGCGUCCUGAACAUCGCCCAAAAGACAUCCGAGGAGGUCUCGGAGGUCUUGCCCGCAGUCAUGAAGCGCAUCGCGGCCGAGCGCGACAUCAAACUUUAUACCAUCGAUGCGAACGCGGUCGCGAAGGCGUGCGGUCUUGGUCGGCACACGAACAACAUCCUGACCGCAGUAUUCUUCAAGUUGUCUGAUGUACUUGACGUCGAUGAGGCUAUCUCUUUGUUCAAGGACUCUAUGCGCAAAAGCUACAAGGCCAAGGGCAAGGACAUCGUGGAGCGAAACCUGAAGGCAGUCGACCAGGCGUUCGAGAAUCUGAACCGGAUCCACUUCCCGAAGGAGGAAUGGCUCGCUGCCGUGGACGACACGCCCGUGGACCCGGGCCGCCCGGCCUUCUGCACGGAGGUGAUGGACAGGAUGAGCGCCCUGGAUGCUGACAGCCUGCCCGUGUCCGCUUUCGACCCGCGCGGCCACUUCCCCACCGCCACCACCAUGUACGAGAAGCGCAGCUUCGCCCUCUCGGUGCCCGUUACGGACAUGGACAAGUGCACGCAGUGCAACAAGUGCGCGGCCAUCUGCCCGCACGCCGCGAUCCGGCCGUUCCUCAUCUCGCAGGUGGAGGCCGACAAGGCCCCUCAGACCUUCGAGAUGGUGAAGGCAAAAGGCGGCAUUGAGACUGCCGGGCUCAUGUACCGCAUCCAGGUGGCCCCAGACGACUGCACUGGCUGCCAGGCUUGCAGCAACACCUGCGGCGACGGGGCGCUGACCAUGACCCCGCUGCCGGAGGUGGUGAACAUGGAGCAGUCGAACUGGGACUUUGGUAUCAAGCUGCCCGACAGGGGCAGCUACGUCGAGAAGAGCACGGUUAAGGGCGCGAUGUUCCAGAAGCCCAUGCUCGAGUUCUCCGGCGCCUGCGAGGGCUGCGGGGAGACGCCAUACGCGAAGCUGGCCACGCAGCUCUUCGGGGAGCGCCUGCUCAUCGCGAACGCCUCGGGCUGCAGCUCCGUCUGGUCCGGCACCGCGGCCUUCAGCCCCUUCGCCAAAAACGACCACGGCCAGGGGCCCGCCUACGGCCGCUCGCUCUUCGAGGACGCGGCGGAGUACGGCCUGGGCAUGGCCAAGUCCAUCAAGCAGCGCCGCGAGCAGCUGGGCAACCGGGUGAGCUCGCUGCUGAACUCCGAGGAGCACGAGCUGGUGCUCGGGCUCCUUCCCGCGCGGCUGCGGGAGAACAUGGCCGAGUGGCUCAUGCACAAGGAGGACCCAGAGAUCUCGCAGCGCCUGGCUCGCGCCAUCAAGGAGGACCUGAAGGGCGUGCAGGACGGCACGCUCGCCUCCGCGAAAAAAGGAGGCAAGACGCUCGCGUCGAAGGCGGGCUCGAUGGACAUGUUCCGCAACAGCGUUACAGCAAAGGUUGACACCAACACCGAGAUCCUGAGGAGCGCGCCGAUCAUGCAGGAGAUCUUCUCCAUGGACGACUCGUUCGUGAAGGUGUCGCCCUGGAUCUGGGGUGGCGACGGCUGGGCCUACGACAUCGGCUUCGGCGGCCUAGAUCACGUGCUCGCGCAGUCGCGGGACAUCAACCUGAACGUGCUGAUCAUGGACACCGAGGGUUACAGCAACACCGGCGGUCAGGUCAGCAAGGCCACCAACUACGGCAGCGUCCAGAAGUUCGCGCCCGCGGGCUACCGCCUGGCUAAGAAGGACCUCGGAGCCAUCGCGAUGAGCUACGAGCACGUCUACGUGGGCUCCAUGGCCAUCGGCGCGGACUACGGGCAGUGCGUGAAGUCCUUCCUGGAGGCGGAGGCCGUUGAAGCGGGCUACUGGACGCUCUAUCGCUACAACCCCGCCCUCAGACUCAAGGGCGAGAACCCCUUCCGGCUCGACAGCAAGCGCCUGACGCGGACCGUCGAGGAGUUCACCUCCACGGAGAACCGCUUCAUGACCCUCACCCGCACCAACCCCGAGGCCGCGGAGCAGAUGAAGGGCGCCCUCCAGGAGUUCGUGCAGCGCCGGCACGACAAGUUCACGCGGAUGGCGGCCGGCGAGGACGUUGGGGCGACCACCGGCGUGCCCCUGACAAUCCUGGUCGGUAGCGACACGGGCACCGCCGCCGAGCUCGCGCUGCGCACCAAGAAGAUGUGCGAGGCGCGCAACUACAACGUGACGAUCAUGGACCUGGACGAGAUCGGCAGCGCCGAGGACCUCUCUGACCACAAGAAUGUGCUGGUCCUCUGCUCCACCGCUGGCGAGGGCGACAUGCCAGGGACAGCCACCAAGUUCUGGGACACCUUCUGCGAGGGUGCCUACGCGCCAGACGCGCUGGCCGGCAUGCAGUACCACGUGUUCGGCCUGGGAGACAGGGGCUACCGCCACUUCAAUAAGGCGGCCAAGCAGAUCGACGCCAAGUUCGAGGAGCUGGGCGCCGAGCGGCGGCAGCCCGUCGGGCUGGGCGACGACCAGGACGAUGACGACAAGUACGAGACCGCGCUGGACGAGUGGCUGCCCGAGUUCUGGAAGAUCCAGGACGAUGCCCCAGAGCCCGCGGACGCGGACAAGAUCCCAGACCCGAUGUUCGAGCUCACCCCGGUGCCCUCCAGCGAGUGGUCCUACCGGCAGAUCGCGCCCCCCGGCACGAAGAUGAUCACGCUGGAGCAGAAACGUGCGAAUCACGCACGUGGAUCACGACCGCAUCAUCCGGCAUUUGAGCUUCGACAUCGAGGGCAAGGACUUCUCAUAUCUGCUGGGCGACGCACUGAACAUCUUCCCUCAGAACGACCCGGACCGCGUGCGCCGGUUCCUUGA